AUGGCAAUGGAGUCGACCGCCAUCGAGGACAUGUGCGGCUGGUGUUUCGCCAUGCUGCACGAACGCGUGGCGCAGUGCGAUGGUUGUAAAAAGUGGUUCCACUUCGAGUGCGUGGAACUGACCGAGGCCACGGUGACGGAAGAGUGGCAGUGCAAGAAGUGCGAGGGCGGAAGCGCCGGAAUAUCGAAGGAAGAGUUGACCUCCGGGGAGAUCACCCGGGAAAUCAACUCCCUACGGCGGCAGCUAAGGGAGCGGCAGGAGAAAGAGCAUGCCAGCGACUGCGAGCUGCUCGAGGGACAGCGGAGAGAACGUGCUCGUGGACAGGAGCAGCUCGAGGUCGGGCUUAGCCGGGUGACUGCUGCGCAACGCGGAAGGACCUUAACGUACGCGAGCAAACUGGCGUCAAGCUCCACGAUGCCCAGUUACUGGAGAAACGAGGCGAGCGCGAACGAACCCGAGCUGUCAAAAAGCCAGCUUGCUGCCCGCAACGUAGUAUCCGGAAAGCUACCAACGUUCUCCGGUAACCCGGACGAGUGGUGCAGCUUUAAAAGCCGCUUCGACACGUCGACUCGGAUGUGCGGUUUCACCGACGACGAGAAUGUGAUGAGGCUGCAGGAGUGCUUGACGGGACGAGCACUUAGAGCCGUGCAAUGUCGACUUCAUCAACCUCGUAACCUUAUUGAGGUGAUGGACACGCUGGAGAAGUUGUUCGGUCGACCCGAGGUGCUGAUUAACAACAUCUUGCAGCAGAUCAGGGAGACACCGCCACCGAAGAUGGAGCGCUUGCAGACCAUCGUCGACUACGGUGUUGCAGUGGAAGAGCUGUGCGCCACCGUUAGAAAUAGUGGUCUACACGAGCAACUUGUAAACGCGGCCCUUCUGCAAGAGCUUGUUGACCGCCUCCCCCCCCAUCUACGACUGGACUGGGGCCUACACAGGCGCGCAAUGCCGUCGACAGUGUCGCUUGAGAGUUUCGGGACAUGGAUGAAUGCCAUUACCGACGCGGCAAUCCUCGUGACACCACCAGUCCAAGAAGCUCCCAAGCGUGCUGAGGUCCGUCGAGUGUACAGCCACCAUGAGGGAACGGAGGAUAACGAUCGACCACGCUGUCUGGUAUGCAAUAAGGACGACUGCCCUGCCGGUCCUGACUGUGCGAAGUUUCUCGCCGCCACCGUAGACGAAAGAUGGAACUGUCUGCGUCGCUGGCGCUUAUGUCGCACCUGCUUGUGGAAGCAUAACGGCCGCUGCCACGUUACACGGCCAUGUGGAGAAGCGGGCUGCUCCGCCUACCACCACAAGCUCUUACACAACCCUACGCGACCGGACCGGCAAACCCAGUCUAACGUAGUGUCCAGCCUUUCUCACGUAGUAGCAGGAAGCAAAACGCUACUUAAGUAUGUUCCGGUAACCGUGUACGGGGCGGGGAAGUCCAUUAACACCUACGCCCUAUUGGAUGACGGAUCCGCGGUAACUCUAAUGGACCAGGACCUGCUAGCGGAGCUAGGCGUGGAGGGCUACCCAAACCCCAUAUGCCUAAGCUGGACAGGAGAGCUUACCCGCGAAGAGCCAGCAUCUCGCACCGUUUCCUUGGAGAUAUCGGCCGCCGACAAUGCCGAGAAAACUUACGUCAUGCGGAACGCUCAUACGGUGGCGGACCUGGCACUUCGGCAACAAACCUUAGCUGUGGAGGAACUGACGGCAGCCUACGACUACCUCGGUGCAGCGGACGUCAAGGGCUACACGAAGGCGACUCCCCGUAUAUUGAUCGGUAUAGACAACCUGCAUCUCAUGACCACGCUUAAGACGAUUGAAGGUUCGCCCGGACAACCGAUAGCAGCCAAGACGCGUCUCGGAUGGGUCAUCUGCGGUACUCAGGGAACCCCGACGUCACGACAGCCUCACAGUGUCUACAUGUGCACCUGCACAGAAGCCGACUCGCGGCUUGAUGAUACCCUGCGUAAGUACUUUCUAACGGACCAUAUAUCAUACGACAGCCCGGUAACGAUACUCUCGAGGAGCGAUGAACGAGCCCUGACCAUACUCGAGUCGACCACACGCCUGAUCGACGAACGUUACGAAACAAGCCUGCUUUGGAAAUCCGACGAUAUCAGUCUGCCAGAUAAUCGGAAAAUGGCGUUAAAACGACUCGAGUGCCUGGAAAGACGUAUGAAGCGAGAACCGGAUCUAGCCAACGCAGUCAACGAAAAACUGACGGAGCAUCUCUCCAAAGGGUACGUAAGAAAACUGUUGCCAGAGGAACUGACCUCAUGUUACGCUAGGAAAUGGUACCUCCCGAUCUUUCCCAUCACGAAUCCGAAUAAACCGGGUAAGAUGCGACUAGUAUGGGACGCCGCAGCUACUCAUCAGGGAACCUCUCUAAACGCAAAUCUAAUUUCCGGUCCUGAUCUACUUACUGAGCUACCUGCCGUGCUACAUAAGUUCCGCGAAUUCAAAUUCGCAAUUACCGCAGACAUCCGGGAAAUGUAUCAUCAGGUUAAAAUCAACGAAAAGGACAUGCAGAGUCAGCGUUUUCUUUGGAGAUGGGGCAACGCCGACAACAAACCCGAGGAAUUUGUUAUGACACGCAUGACGUUCGGGGCGACGUGCUCUCCUGCGUCGGCACUGUUCGUGAAGAACCUGAAUGCGGAGCGUUUUGCCACAGAUUAUCCUCGUGCUGUACAGUGCAUCAAAGAGCAGCACUACGUAGAUGAUAUGCUCGCCAGCACUGAACUAGAGGAGGAGGCACUGAAGCUAGCGCAAGAAGUAGAACUGAUUCACGGGAAAGGUGGCUUUGCAUUACAUAAUUGGCGCUCAAACUCGACACUCGUUAACAUCCACUUCGGUUGCGAUGUCGGCUACCUAAAAGAAAUUAAUUUCGAUUCUUCAGUUAGUGUAGAAAAAAUCCUCGGAAUGUGGUGGAAUUGGCAUACGGACACCUUCCACUUCAAACUUACUCCAAAACGAGAUCACGAACUCCUAGAUGGUCAGCAAACGCCAACGAAGCGACAGGUACUCCGGAUGCUGAUGAGUAUCUACGAUCCCCUGGGCCUCAUAGCAGGGUACCUUUGGUUCCUGAAAGUAAUCCUUCAAGAGGUAUGGCGAACUCGUGCCGGUUGGGACGUACCGAUAAACGAAGAUCUUGAUAACUGGUGGAAGGAAUGGUUGUCGGGUCUGCGCUAUACGGAAAAAAUAAGCAUUCCGCGGUGCUACCGUCAAUACGUUACCAUCGAUGGGUUAAAAGUGCAAUUGCACGUAUUUGUGGACGCGGGUAAAGACGGGUAUGCGGCAGUAGCAUACCUUCGCUUCGAAAACAACGGGACGACCGAAGUGUCCCUCGUAGGCGGAAAAGCGAACGUAGCUCCACUUAAGUACGUUUCCGUGCCUCGUAUGGAACUGCAAGCAGCCGUAGUCGGAGCUCGGUUAGCAUCUCAUAUCCAGCGGUCGCAUACCCAGCCUAUAAGCGAAUGCAUACUAUGGACCGACUCGCGUGAUGUUAUGUGUUGGCUAGACUCGGACCACAGAAGGUAUAGCAUCUUCGUAGCCCACCGAGUGUCGGAAAUUCUGGAAAAAUCGACGAUCGACGACUGGCGGUGGGUGCCAACGCGGCAUAACGUGGCAGACGAAUGCACCAAGUGGGGAAAUCUGCAACGCCAUCUGACGAACAGCCGAUGGUUCACAGGACCGGAGUUCUUAGGAAAACCUGCUACGGAGUGGCCACCUCUGCAAGCUACGCCAACGGAGACUGAAGAAGAAGCACGAAUCUACAUCGGUACGCAUCAUAUCGCGCCGGCUCCACUAAUCAUGUUCGAACGCUUCCCUAGAUGGAGAACGCUCUUGCGCGCCAUGGGGUACGUCAGUCGCUUCAUCAUGAAUUGCCGAAGCAAGCAAAGUGGCAACACAGGACCACUAGUUCAAGAGGAGCUGCAAAAAGCCGAGCGGAUAAUACUUCGCGAAGUGCAACGGCAAGUAUAUCCGGCGGAGUACAACAUGCUGCUAAAACCGCCAGGUCUAUCCACAACAAUUCGUCUACCCAAAACAAAAGUAGCCUAUUCGCUCUCCACCGACGCCUGUAUUCUCGCGAUCAGGAAUUUCAUUGUGCGCAAGGGCACUCCGAUCGAAAUAUUUAGCGAUCAGGGUACUAAUUUCGUCGGAGCAAAUAGGGAGCUGAUCGAGGCUAUGAAGAAAGUGGAUAAGGAGAGGUUGAUGGAAGAACUUGAUAUCCCGAACAUGAAAUGGUCGUUCAACCCGCCGUCGGCACCUCACUUCGGCGGGGCCUGGGAGAGGAUGAUACAAACAGUGAAGAAAACACUCGAGGGCAUGCCCUUUCAUCAUCUACCUACCGACCCGAUACUGAAGGGAAUGCUGGUCGAAGCAGAGGGAAUAAUCAAUGCCCGUCCCCUCACCCACGUACCCGUUGAUCGCCAGGAAGAGGCACCACUCACACCAAAUCACUUCCUUCUGGGUUCGUCGUCCGGGACAAAGCCCCUCCUUCCGCUGGAUGACUCACCAAUAGCCCUAAAAAACAAUUGGAAGGCUACACAAAUCUAUGCGGAUGUCCUGUGGAAACGAUGGGUGAAGAGCUAUCUACCGACGCUUACGCGAAGAACAAAGUGGUUUGAGCCAGUCGAGCCCAUGAAGGUGGGCGACGCCGUUCUCAUCGUGGACGAGAGCCUUCCGCGAAACUGCUGGCCACGCGGAAUUGUAGAGAAGUUAACGAUCUCACGAGACGGUGUGGUUAGAAAGGCAGUAGUGCUGACGGCGAAGGGAACGAGACUGGAGCGGCCGGCGGUCAAACUCGCCAAAAUACAGAUCGAACGAGAGGAGAGUACGUUGGAGGCAACGCACGGAGGGGAGUGUCAAUAA